CAAACGACGUAAUAAAGAAAAGAAUCCAACAAAUGCUGAUAUCACAGAAAUACCUACGAAAAUACCAGAAAACGACGUUACCAAAAAAUCGACAACUACAAACGAAAGUGAAAUAACAAAACAAACCACCAACAAACGACGGGGCAUCA